GAGUGUGUGUUUGUGUGGCUCAGGAGGACAUGCACUGGACAUGGUCUGGACCUCCCUCCUCUUCAUCAGAGGAAUCUGGAGAGCUCCAAGAGUCAUCAGUGUCAGCGUCACCCGGGCGAGGCUGUGUUGAGAGAAGGAGAGGACGGACAAAGAAAUUUUUACCUCUAUCCAUCGUCAUGGAGUAUUGGAGACAGUGCGCGGUGUGGCUGAUCAGCUGCAAGGUGCUGCCCGCGAACCACCGAGUGACUGCGGACUCGGCGCAGGUGUUUGACCUGGCGCAAACCCUGCGGGACGGGGUGCUGAUGUGCCAGCUGCUCAACAACCUGAGACCUCACACCAUCAACCUGAAGGAAAUCAACCUCCGGCCACAGAUGUCGCAGUUCCUGUGCUUGAAGAACAUCCGCACAUUCCUGACGUGUUGCUGUGACGUCUUCGGAAUAAAGAAGAGUGACUUAUUUGAAGCCUUUGAUCUCUUUGACGUUCGAGACUUUGGAAAGGUCAUGGACACCCUAUCCAAGCUCUCGUACACAACAAUUGCACAGCAACGAGGAUUCAAGCCAUUCCCGACUGAGGAAAGCCUGAAAGACGAGGACAUUUACAAUAAUCUGGAAGACUUGAUUGACGAGAAUGCUCUAGAGGAUGAGGACGAUUUGUACGCAGCAGUUUACGGGCUAGAAGAAGACAAUGCAGGAGGAGAGAUCUAUGAAGACCUCAUGAGGACUGAGCAGCAACCCCCACUGAAGCAGGUAGAGGUUGAUGUUCGGAGCUGCUGCCUUUCGGAGAUCAAACAGACGGAGGAGAAGUACACAGAGACCCUGGAGUCUAUAGAGAAGUUUUUCCUGAAUCCUCUGAAGAAUUUUUUCUCUGCGGCUGAAAUUGACAAAGUUUUUGUCAACAUCCCUGACCUGGUUAAAGUUCACAAAAGCCUGAUGGUUGACCUGCAGGACUCCAUCUUACACAGAAAUGCCUUAGAUCUUUACAAAAUUUUCAUCGACUACAAAGACAGACUGCUCAUUUAUGGGAUAUACUGCAGCCGGGUGGAGAUCGCCAUCGCUGUUUUGGACCUAAUUUGCAAAGAGAAAGAGGAUGUGCGUCUGAAGCUGGAGGAGUGCUCGAAGAGAGCGAACUAUGGGAGGUUUACGCUGAGAGAUCUGCUGGUUGUCCCCAUGCAGAGAGUCCUUAAGUACCAUCUACUUCUUCAGGAGCUCGUCAAACACACUCAUGAUGCUGACGACAAGACUAACUUGAAGAUUGCUCUUGAUGCCAUGAAAGACCUGGCUCAGUACGUCAACGAGGUGAAGAGAGAUAAUGAGACUCUGAGGGAGAUCGACCAGUACCAGAGGUCUAUUGAAAACCUGAAUCAGCCUCUGAUCAGCUUCGGCCGACCAAAAGGAGAUGGAGAAGUACGCAUGGUCUCCAGUGUUGACAAGAGGAAACAAGACAGACAUAUCUUCUUAUUUGAUGUGGCUGUGAUUGUUUGCAAGAGACGAGGAGACAACUAUGAGAUGAAGGACAUUCUCGACCUCAACUACUUCAAGAUCACAAACAACCCCACGUCAGACAGAGAGUGCAAAAAGUGGUGCUAUGGGUUCUACGUGACACACCAGCAGGGGCACACAGGCUUUGAGCUCUUCUUUAAAACCAGAGAGCUGAAGAAGAAGUGGCUGGAUCAGUUUGAAAUGGCCAUAUCGAACAUCCGACCAGAGAAAGCCAGCCACAACUCCCACCAGUUCAAGAUGCACACCUUUGAAAGGAUCACUUCCUGUAGUUUCUGCCACCUCCUCAGGGGCAUCUUUAACCAGGGUUAUCUGUGUCUAAAAUGCGGGCUGGGGGCCCAUAAGGAGUGUCUGGGUCGGCUGGGACUCUGCGGGAGAACAGAUCCUGCCAAGCCGAAGCCUAAGGAAAGUACACCACCAGCAAACCCAGGUUUACCAAGGAUGGUUGUGAAUCAGAGACUACAGUGGCGUCCCCUGCCCCACUGCGGGCCCCCACUAAGCAUUCAGGCAGGGGAUGUCAUUGAACUGAUGUUUGCCGACCUGCACAGCUCCUGGUGGCAGGGAAAAAUUCUGGCAACAAGCAAGAUUGGCUUCUUUCCAAGUGAUGCUGUGAGGCCUUGCCCAUGUGUCCCAAAACCCGUCGAUUACUCUGCUCAGCUCUGGUUUGCAGGGCCGAUGGAGAGAUACCAGGCGGAGGUGGAGCUCCUGGACCGAGGAAACAGCACUUAUCUGGUUCGACACAGGAGUAAAGAGUGCACCGAAUACGCCAUCAGCAUAAAGUUCAACGAGAAAGUCAAGCACAUUAAGAUUCUGACCAAGUAUGGCUGCUUUUACAUCGCUGAGAGCCGGCUGUUCAAGACUGUGCUGGAUUUGGUGGAAUACUACAAGCAGCACUCUCUGAAGGAGGGUUUCAGCAGUCUUGACACCACUCUGCAGGUCCCCUAUAGGGAACAUUCCAAUGGAAACGUGCCCCAGGCCAUUACCAAGGCUAGCAGUGUGUUUUCUCCCAGGGUGGUGGGUAUUGCAGAAGCACGUUAUGACUUCUGCUCAAGAGACACACGGGAGCUCUCCCUGCUGCAGGGAGACAUCAUCAAGAUCUACACCAAGAUGUCCAACGGGUGGUGGAAGGGAGAGGUCGACGGCCGGGUGGGCUGGUUUCCCUCUACCUAUGUGGAAGAAGAGGACUGACCUUGCUAGAUUCAGCGUCCAUUCAACAUUUACCACCUCCAGUGAGCACCAUUCAGCUCUUCCAUUCUGCUCCCUGCAAGCCAGAUCUCUUUGAUAAAACCCAGAGACUUCGGACUGGAGAAGAAGCGACAGCGCCCUCGAAAUCCUUCUCCUGUCCUCUGACAGACUCUCACACUGAGCAGAUGUCAAAUCACAGAUUCCAGGAGCGUCACGCCAUAUCUUGCCUUUUCUGCAGCCCCGUCUGCCCCUGCGGCCAACUGGGAAGUGCAUGUGCUGUGCCCAGAUAACCCCCACCCCCCACCCCAUCCCUCCUUGCUUUCUCACCGUGUCUCAUUAUUGAUGACUCCAUCGGAUGGUGUGAGACUUGCCUUCACUGUCAUCAUGUUUCUAUACCAGGACGGCUCAGUCACCCAACUGGAACACAGAUCCUGCUGACAGGUGCAGCCAAGGUACUCCACCAAAUUUAAAUGCAGGAGCUGUGGACUUAAGUGUUCAAAGUUCUGUCUAAGAUUCAUUCUAUUUUCAAGUUUAAGGUAUUAAAUCACCAGACUGAGAUUAAAUUUAAAUGCCAAAGUGUGAUUUGAUAUAGUUUGGAAAGACAAUAGUUAAGAUUUCAUCUUUCCAGCAUGAAGGAUUGAUCACCCACGUGUCAGCAGUCUUAAUGACUCUCGGCCUCAAGGAGCCAGGAUUGAUUUCUAUCCUGACAGGAGAACACCUCUUCAUAAUGUCAUUGUUGAUCAUGAACCCCACUGCUGAUAAAGUUGUCUCUAAUCUAUAA